CUUCCUGUCCUACACGCUGUACUGCUUGCAGUUCUUUUAAGCAUGUAUUUUUCACAUUGAAGCCCCAAGAUGACCUGUAGUGGGUUUUUAUACGGCUUAUGUCGAUUCACGCUGCAUAUACUCGGUCUUUGUUGAACCCACAUCUGCCUCCAGACCCCGGCAGUGUCCCGUUACAGGGCUGCGUUAAUGCGCGGGCAAAACAUAAGACAAACACCGCCGCAAGGAGCCAGGCGAGCGGCCUGGCGAAGGCCCCACAAAGCGGCCAACGUGGGCCGUGUACAAACAGAUGCACCGUAAGAGCGUAAAACAAUUGAAUACUCACUCUGGAGGGAAUAACUUCAACUCUUCUAUGUUUCCAAGGAACCCGAACAAAGUUCUCAUUUGUUCAGAGGUGGUGCUUGGAGACACAUUGGUCACCUGAAUCACGUUCGUGUUGCUGUUCAUUUUUUCAACGAGUCCGUCGCUAGCUGCAGAAGGCUAGGUUAUGUUGCGGGAUAUUCGUACACACGAAGACUCCGGAAGAAUUGUAAACGCGACGUCGCCGUUUUCCGUAGCACGCUUAAGAGAAAUACUGAAACCGCGCACAAACGACCAUUUUACUGUAAAACGUUUGGGGGUUAAAUUCCAGCCCGGGACACUGGAGCCUAUGGGCACAAAUGGUGGCGACAAUGCAGUUUUCGUUAGCGUUCCAACCGGAAGCGGUGUGCAAAUACGGAAUCUUGAACCGGAAAAUGGGCGUGGUCACGACUCGAGUUAAAAUAUAUUUGUUUUGUUUCUGGAGAUGAAAUGACAUGUUUUCAUUUGACGUGCCGUUGUUUCAUAAACAGUCGUGGACGUUGUUCACUAUAUUCUCCUUUUGCAUAUGUUGACAGAAGGCGUCCCCUCGCAAGCCAAGAAUCUGCAAGGAGAGGCACAGCUCAAAAUCUAUCAUAAGAGUUCCGUCUGACGGGACAUGUAUUCCCAUUAACACACGCCUCCCAUGCCAGUCUACCGGUUAAAUGAAGAGAUAUGGGCAUACUGAGAGUGGUGGUCUGUACCAUGGGAAGGAUCAGCACCUUUAGAUCUUACCAGUUGAUCCUUCUUCUGGCUGCAGCACUGGCUGUGGUAGCUUUCUACUACUUUGGUUCAGAGAGGCAAAACUUCUCGAGCACAACCAAGCGGAUCAAACAAAGCCAGGCUAGCCACAACGCCAACAGAAACGAUGCUGACCUCACUCUGGACACCAGACUCACCCCGCACACCCACGAACACGACGAGGAGGAGGACGGCGGGGAGGGAGGGGAAGACACAAGCUCGCUGUCGGACCCGCACUUCCACGUUCUCAUGAUGUUCACCAAGAUAGACAAGAGCCGGAGCCUGCAGGAGAAGUUCAGGGUGGCCAUGCUGUCCAUGGUGAAGCACGGGGACUUCCUCGAGGAAGAGGUGCUGGUGCUCCAUUUUGUGAGUGACCAAGCGAGCCAAGAACUGGGCCAGCGGAUGCUUCAGGAGGUUCUGCUGGACGCAACGUUCCAGUAUGAGGUGGUGUUCCAUGACGUGGUAGAUCUCACCCACAAGCUGUUCCCUAUUGUGGAGGCCAUGCAGAAGCACUUCAGCGCAGGCUCUGGGGCCUACUACAGUGAUGCCAUCUUCUUCCUUUCUGUGGCCAUGCAUCACAUUAUGCCUCAAAGCCUGUCGCGGAUCGUUCAGGUGGACCUGGACCUAAAGUACAGGACCAACAUCAGGGACCUCUUCAAGCAGUUUGACCACUUUCCCCCCGGGGCGGUCCUGGGCAUCACCAGGGAGAUGCAGCCGGUCUACAGACACACCUUCUGGCAGUACCGCAAGGAGAACCCCAAGACCAAGGUGGGAGAACCCCCUCCGGACGGCCUGCCGGGCUUCAACAGCGGCGUGAUGCUCCUGGACCUGAAGGCCAUGCGGGCCUCGGCCCUCUACAACCAGCUCCUGGAGCCCGGGAACGUGGCCAAGCUGGCGGACCAGUACCGCUUCAGGGGCCACCUGGGGGACCAGGACUUCUUCUCCAUGAUCGGCAUGGAGCACCCGCAGCUCUUCUACGCCCUGGCGUGCGGCUGGAACCGGCAGCUGUGCACCUGGUGGCGGGAGCACGGCUACGGGGACGUGUUCCAGCUGUACUACCGCUGCGACGGCCCCGUGUACAUCUUCCACGGGAACUGUAACACGGCCAUCCCGGACGACUGAGGUCUGACCCGACCCCCCCCCUGACGGGGGAGAGCCUGUGUCCCACAGGCGGUGUAGGUGGUCGCGGUGCUUCCACUUUACCUGCCGGUGGGAUCGGGUCUGAACCCGCUUCGAGAAUGUAAGUAAUGACGAUUGGACUGUUUUUCUUGCAGUUAUGCAAGAAAGGAGGGCGAGGAGAGCAAUGAGAGCCAGGAGGGCGUGGCA